GCCGUUAUGUGAAGUGACACGAGGGUGGUGCCAUUACUGCCGCGGUCUCGUAUAUAAUAUAGAACCGCUUCAUAAACGGGCCGACAUUGUGAACCGGAUUAAAGUCUCCGCCCACGGACUGCUCUCACUGAAGCACGUGACCGCUGUAUCCGGGUACCGAGGCACGUUAUGUGGGCGGGGUCACUCGUCACCAUGACAACUAUCCCACGCUGAGGCCGCUUGGUAGCUAAGGCAACAGAGCCGUAGGACACAGCUUGGAGGAAGGAUCGUGCAAUCACCGGAGACGCGGAGCCCCGGGGACAGCGCCGCCUGGAUGUGAUAUUAUGGAAAUAUAGCCAUUGUUCAAGGUGCUUUAGGCUAACAAGAAUGCCAACGAAAAGUGCCAAAUCCAAGAGCUCAGCAAAGUCCCACAGCAAAGGAAAGAAGUCAAAGAAAUCAAAGAAAAGUAAAGAACCUAAACCUGAGGUGGACAUCCUUAGUCCAGCCGCCAUGCUGAAUGCUUACUACAUCUCCCAUAAUGCUGUGGACUGCCUGGAAUUUCGAGGAUUUGGCUGGUCUGGAGCUCCAAAAAAGAAAGGAAAAAAGGGAAAAGGAAAGAAAAAGAAAUAGUUCUCACCAAUCACAAUAACAUCUCCUGAGCGUUUGGUGCCAAAUAUGAAAAACCUUUGUCUAUAGAAUUAGUGCCCAGUUUACAUUGUAGUUAUUAGUAGGAUUACCAUUAUAUGUUAGGUUUUUUUUGUUUGUUUUUUAACUGGAUCUAUGUGAGAACAUUAAAAUUGUGAGAAGUUGCC